AUGAAUAUUUAUGAUAUUUGUGCUUAUAUCAUUCUUGGAAUUGUUAUUCUUGGAUUGAUUAUAAUAAUGACUAUCAAAUUAUUAUGGAAAUAUACAUAUAAAUGGUUUCCAAUGUUAUCUUCAUCAAAAAUUGGUUGUUUUAUUGGUUUCAAUGGUUCUCAUUUUAUAUUAUUGAUUUGUGCAAUUGCUUGUGUUGUUUUUGGAUUUUUAUUUGGUGGAAUAUGGAAUGGAAAUGGAAUUGAUAAUAAUAUUCAACAAGACAUCAAGAAUGACACCAAAAGUGAGUUAAUUACCCCAAAAAUUCUUUUAAAAUACCUUUUUCUUGCAGUUCUCAUCGAUAAAUCAAUGUCUGCUGGACAGAAAUUGUCAAAUAUUCCCGAUAUUCCUUCUGACGAUGAGAUCAAUGAAAUGCUGAAUAUUUCAACAAUCGCAAAUCAACUUAAAACACAAUUUUCAUUUGUUAAACCGAUGGUUUAUUCGCUUCUCCCAUUGAUGCGCAGUUAUGAGCCAAUCAAAGUCGAAAUCGAAAAUACAGCCCGCUGUGAAUUGGUAACGGAUAUACCUCUACUAAAAAUAAAUAUCACAGAAACAGUUGAAGCAAUCGAAGAAUCUGUUAGUCGUUUGAACGGAUAUUCUGUUAAUAUAUUCACAGAUCUCGCAAAAAAUAAUAAAAAUCAGCAAAACUCAAUUAGCGUGUUCAAAGAGGAAAUGAAGAAAGACACAAUUCAUGCAGAAAACAUCAAAACGGUGAAUUUAUCACAAUUUUUUUGUUAUAUUUGUAUAUCAAUUCAUUUUUUGCAGACUUUGACGAAAGCUUGGAAGUCUGCAGUGAUUCAAUAUGAAAAUGCAGUUGAUACAAGAAUGAACAAAGUAUCGGAACAACAUCAAUCGAUAUUUUGGACAAAUCUGCUUACUAAUAUUGGAUUAUUAUGUAUUCCCUUAGUGGUUAUUCUCUAUUUUAUCAUUGUAUCAAUUUCUAUUCACUUUACAAGUCCAACAUCUAAACUCCAUCGAUUUCUUCUCAUCUCAAAUCACAUCUGUUAUUAUAUUAUAGCAUUACUCAUAUUAGGAUGUGCUGGAUAUAUUAUUUAUUCAAUUACUUAUUCAACUAAACACGAAUCUGCAAUUGCAAAUGAUAAUUCGAUAUAUUUUGAUGUUUCGAUUCCAAUUUAUGAUAGUACUUCAACUAAAUCAUCAUAUCAAAUUAUAUCAAAAUCAUCUGGAAAAUUAUUCGAUUCACCAAAUAAUGAUAUUUUGAUUGGAGAAAUGGUAUUUUUUGAGAAUUGGGAAGCACAACUUGUGAAUAGUUUGGAUUCGUUGAUGGAGGAUCAAGAAAGAAAUUAUAAAUUCGUCAAGCACAGUGAAACCAUCACGAAAAAAUGGAAAACGCUCAGAAUUUUGACCGAAACUUUUUCUAAAGUAUUAGGUGAUUCAACAUGUAAUGAAUCGUGGCCCGCGAUCAAUGAGUUUUUGAAAGAAUAUGGGGAUGCUAAUAAAACGAUGCUGCAACAUAUGGAAUUCAUGCCAAAAAACAUCAAAUCUUGGAAAGAGUUGCCGACAAAAUUGAGAGGAAUUGUGAAAGAUCGUGUGAAAAUUGUGAAGAGUUCGGUGGAAAAACGAAGAAAUCAUAUCAAUGUGAGUUUUAUUAACAAAUUCAUUGAGACAAUUGAACAAUAUUGUUUUUUCAGGAUGGAAUCAAUAUUCUGAGCAUUGAUUCGAAAUCAACCAGGAAAACAUUUGCAAAAAUCAAUAAUAUUCAAGUUGCGAAAAAUGAUGAAAAUAUGCGAGGAAUUGUUGUAUUGAUUCAUUGCUUGAUAUUGAUUGUUGCAUUCGUUUGUGAGGUUCUCUAUCUUUACACUUAUCGAACAUUUGGUCCACAACCGCCGGAAAAAGCGAAGCAACCAUCUGAGCAGCUAACUCCAACGGAUUCGCAACCAAAUUUGGAUAAACCAGCACCUCCACCACCACCACCACUACCAAAUCUUCCUGAUGCACAAGCUCUUCCUCAACCUGCAGAAAAACAGAUGGAUGUGGAGUCGACUCAAGAAUCCGAUCUGAUUCUUGAAGUUUCGGUUAUUGAAACUCCAAUUGAUUACCGCAAAGAAUGGGUUGAAAGAGUUGUGAAAUUGGUGAGAUUUUGAGAAAAUUCACGAAAAAAAAACAAAAUAUCAAAUUUCAGAAUUUUGACGUAUUGAAAGAACACUUUAUUAUAGUUAUCCGUCGUGAUAAAUGUACUGAAGUUGUUAUCGAUCAGGAAACUAUGAAGAAUCGUUAUUCCGUCAUUUGGCCCUACAACAUUCCAUGUAUCGAGAAGACAAGAGUGAAAUUGAAGGAUCGUGAUGAAAACAAUAAUUUUUAUCAUGCGAAUCUUGUACAUCUGACAAAUUCGAAACGCAAAUACAUUGCAUCAGGCGGUCCACCGACUCUAAAAGACGUACCCAACUUUUUGCAUAUGUUAUUCAAGGAAAAGGUAUUUUUUGGGGGGAAUUUUAUCUUCUACAUGUAGAACCUUGAUUUGAUUUACAGGUUAAAAUUGUGGUGAUGCUGUGUCCAUUGGAUGACGAAAAUUGCGCGCGUUAUUUUCCCACAACUCUUGACGCUGAAAACGAUGCAACUCUCACAUUUGGCGAUUAUUCGGUGAAAUUUGUCAAGUUUGAGAAAUGCCCAAUAAGUGAUGUGGUAUGCCGUGUUUUGAGAUUGAAAUGUGCAAAAGAUGGAAGCAAGAUCACCAUCAAACAUAUUCAUUAUUCUGAAUGGCCGAAUAAUUCGAUUCCAAAAAAACAUGGGGAUGUGUUGAGAAUGAUUGAUUUGGCCAAAAAAUGGAAUCGCGAAUAUAAGGACAAAUUUCCAAUUGCAGUUCAUUGUAAUGAUGGAGUUGGGCGGACUGGAACAUUUAUUGCAAUUGAUUUUUGUGACACAUAUCUUCAUUCUUCAGCGGCUCAAGAUUUAUAUGGAAAUGUGUCGAAUUUGAGAAAUAUGCGCUUUGAGGCUGUGAAAUUCGCUCAUCAAUAUGUAUUUAUGUGUGCAGCCCUUGUCAGAAAAUAUCAGACUGUAUGUUUUUCUUUUCAAAAUAAAAAUUAUGCAAAUACAAAUAAAUUUGCAGUUCAAAUUGAUAAGUGCUGAAGAAACUCAACAAUUUUGGAAGGCUUAUGAGGAAUUCACAUCGAAUUUGGAUGAUUUUUUCGAUCCGACGAAAAGUAGAAUCGAGCAAGCCAUUAAACAACUAGUUUGA